AUGCGGCGAGCAAGUCGAGCUCCAGAUCGACCUGGAGCAAAUGCCCGAGAUGCUCCAGUUUUACUCCAAGACCUCUUACCUCAUGCUUCAGCUGCCACCCCGUAUUCCCCCAACAUUGACUCAAAUCAUCACAACGACCCAUUACCACCAUCUCCAUUAAUCCCAAACACCACGAGCAACAUCCCGACCUCCCCACCAAACAUUCAACAUAAUCCAGCGGCACCAACAACACCAGUCCCACCACCGACAACCCCUCCUCAACCACCUCUCACCAACUCCGCAACCCCUCAAACUCCCGUCACUUCCCCAAUCUCAACCAUUCCCAACCAGCAACCAUCCAACCCAUCUUCCACCACCUUCACUCCUUCCUCCCCAACCCUCUCAACCCGUCUCACCAAACUCCUCACUCGGCUAUCAACCCUCCCAACACCCCCCGUCAUCACCCACCUCCAUAAACACCUCAAAGCCCCCACCAUCCUCCUCAUCACCCUCCUCCUCUUCAUCUUCGUCACCCUCAUCUCCUGGCAAGCCCACAACCUCGACUGGCCCCUCGCCAGAAUCCCGAUCCCCUCCGGCAUUCUCCUCCUGACAAUAGUAGCCAAGUUCACAGACUGGGCACUCGCCGGCGUAACCGACGACGCCUGGGAACGACUGCAAUGGGGUCCAUUACUGCAGCAAGGCCGAGGGAACAUGUUGACGUUCCUGGUGAUGGGUUCCGGGUUCGGGAGCUGGUGGAGGGUGUUAUUUUCUUCUGGGGUGCAGCCGGGAGAGGAGACGAAGUUGAUGAGGCUGAGGAGGUUAGUCAGGACGAAAUGGAAAUGGCGGCCUCGAUUCAGCGCUCGGUUCUGGAGUUUCAUCCGCAUCUUCGUUUGGUUGUUUGUCCAAUUCCCAGGCUUGAUUCUCAUGGCCAUGAUCGAGAACAAAGACUCCUUCCGCCCAACAGCAUGGGCAGACGUCACCGGUGGGUUGGGGGCGUUCAACGUGAGCGCGGGUUGGUUCCAGCCUGGUGACCCAUCCACUUAUCGACAGGUUUUUGGUAUCCUUCAAGACCCAACCAUCACGGUGACUACCACGCCAAUAGGUGAGGAAUGUAGUCGGGAGGAUAGCUGUCAGUCGUACAUCUUGUCCGGGGGGACAACCCUUGUUCAGCCUUGGGCUUUUGUACCGCGGCAAUUGACUGACAACCACGCCUAUGUAAUUGAGAACGCGCCGGCGUAUCAAAUCGAUGGCUGGGAGACCUCGUUCAACCAUUCGUUGCCGUAUGCCUCCUGGACUGACGACCAGUGUCGGGUGUUCACCUCUCAAAGCCCGCUGGGUGCGGUUGAUGGCUCGCUUCAAAUUUGUGUGAAGAACGAUGGAGAUGAUGGACGGUUGUUGGCAGGUGAGUAG